CGGGAACGGCCGCCUGCGCGUGCGCGCCGCGGGGCACUGUGGGGCCGGCGUCCUGCGGUUGGCGCGUCCCGGAGCGGGCGAGCGGAGUGGGCCUGGCGAGCGGGAGCGGCCGCGUCGUCUGUCGCUUGCUGUGUGGCGCCCGCUGCGGCCCAGCCCCCGGGUCAGCGAGGGUCUGGGGAGGCCGGCGGAGAGAGGGGCGCUCGUUGGUUUAACAGUGACUCGCCGAGCACCUGGGAGGGGCCGGCGGCCGUGCUCCCUGUCCUUGCCUCCUGGGCUUCCCUCCCAGGCUGUCGCGUACUCCUGAAAAUAGUGGUUCUCAGCUCUGCUUUGAACUUAAGUCUGAUAGAAGUGGAAUCACUGGUCAAAGGACAUUCAGAUUUGGGAGAAGUGGCCCCAGAAAUAAAGGCAUCUGAGGGACGAACAGCUGUGGCCAUUGCAGAUUUGGAAUGGAGAGAAAUGGAAGGAGAUGAUUGCGAGUUUCAUUAUGGAGAUGGUACGAAUGAGGCUCAGGAUGGUGACUUUCCACCAGUGGAGAGGAGCAGACUGCAAGAAAUGCUGUCACUUUUGGGACUAGAGACAUACCAGGUCCAGAAACUGAGCCUCCAGGACUCCCUGCAGAUCAGUAGUGACAGCAUGAAGAACUGGGCUCCUCAGGUUCCCAAAGACUUGCCCUGGAAUUUCCUCAGGAAGCUGCAGGCCCUCAAUGCUGAAGCCAGGAACACCACCAUGGUGCUGGACAUGCCCCCAGAUGCCAGGCCUGUGGAGAAGGAGAGCCAGAUGGAAGAGGAGAUUAUCUACUGGGACACAGCUGACGAUAUCUCUGCGGACAUCUAUUCUUUCUCUGAGCUGCCAACCCCCGACACGCCUGUGAACCCCUUGGACCUUCUCUGUGCCCUUCUGCUUUCCUCAGAUAGUUUCCUGCAACAAGAAAUCGUGGUAAAAAUGUCCCUCUGCCAGUUUGCACUCCCUCUCAUCUUGCCUGACUCAGAAAACCACUACCACACAUUUCUGCUGUGGGCCAUGAGGGGCAUUGUGCGGACAUGGUGGUCACAGCCUCCAAGGGGGGUGGGCAGCUUCAGAGAAGACAGCGUGGUCCUGUUCCGGGCGCCGGCCUUUGCCUUCGUGCGCAUGGAGGUCAGCAGCAACUCCAAGUCCCAGCUUCUCAAUGCAGUGCUCAGCCCGGGCCACAGGCAGCGGGACUGCUUCUGGCACCGGGAUCUGAACUUGGGCACCAACCCUCGGGAGAUUGCAGACGGGAUGGUGGAAAUUUCCUGGUUUCUUCCCAGUGGCAGGGAAGACUUGGACAUUUUCCCAGAGCCUGUGGCCUUUCUGAACCUGAGAGGUGACAUUGGGUCUCAUUGGCUGCAGUUUAAGCUCUUGACAGAAAUCUCCUCAGCCGUGUUCAUCUUGACAGACAACAUCAGUAAGAAGGAGUACAAACUGCUGUACUCCAUGAAGGGGUCGGCCACAAAAUACUACUUCAUCCUGAGUCCCUACCGUGGGAAACGAAACACAAACCUGAGAUUCCUGAACAAGUUAAUCCCCGUGCUGAAGAUGGACCACUCGCACGUUCUCGUGAAGGUCAGCAGCACGGACAGCGCGAGCUUUGUGCGGAGGAUCCGCUCCAUCGUGGGGCACGUGGCCCGGUCCCCCUGCAGGAGGCUGUCUGUGGAGGAGAUGGCGAAUGCAGCCCGUAAGCUGGGGCUGAGGGUGGAUGAGGACUGCGAGGAGUGUCAGCGAGCGAAAGACCGGAUGGAGCGCAUCACCAGGAAAAUCAAAGACUCGGACGCCUACCGGAGGGACGAGCUGAGGCUGCAGGGGGACCCUUGGAGAAAGGCGGCCCAGGUGGAGAAGGAGCUCUGCCAGGUCCAGUGGGCUGGAGACCCUCCUGAGAAGCACAGGGCUGAGCUGAGGCAUCGUUUACUGGAACUUCGAAUGCAGCAAAAUGGCCACGACCCUGCCUGGGGGGUGCAAGAGUUCAUCACAGGCGUCAGCAGCGCCUCCCUGGGCGAGAAGCAGUACUUCCUGAGGUGGAUGGAGUGGGGGCUGGCCCGGGUGGCCCAGCCAAGGCUGAGACAGCCUCCGGAGACAAUUCUUACCCUGAGACCAAAACACUGUGGGGCAGUGGACUUCAGUGAGGCGCUCUGGCCUGAGCCCCUGGGGGUGGAGCACUUCCUGCGGGAGAUGGGACAGUUUUACGAGGCAGAAAGCUGCCUUGUGGAGGCAGGGAAGCUGCCAGCAGGCCAAAGGCGGUUUGCCCACUUCCCAGGCCUGGCCUUGGAGCUGCUGCUGAAGGGGCUCCCCCUGGAGCUGAUCGACGGGAGCACACUGAGCACUCCCCUGCGCUGGGUCACAGGGCUCCUGAAGGAGCUGCACAUCCGCCUGGAGAGAAGGUCGCGACUGGUGGUCCUGUCAGCGCUGGGCGUGCCGGGCACAGGCAAGUCCACCCUUCUCAACACCAUGUUUGGGCUGCGGUUUGCCACGGGGAAGGGCUGUGGUCCUCGAGGGGCCUUUAUGCAGCUCAUCACAGUGGCCGAGAGCUUCAGCCAGGACCUGGGCUGUGACCACAUCCUGGUGAUAGACUCUGGAGGCUUGAUAGGGGGGGCUCUGACCGCCGCUGGGGAGAGGUUUGAGCUGGAGGCUUCCCUGGCCACUUUGAUUAUGGGGCUGAGCAACGUCACCGUGGUCAGUUUAGCUGAAACGAGGGACAUCCCACCGGCUAUUCUGCAUGCAUUUCUGAGGCUGGAAAAAACGGGGCACAUGCCGAACUAUCAGUUUGUAUACCAGAACCUUCAUGAUGUGUCUGCCUCCGGCCCCAAGCCGAGAGAGAGGAGGCAGCUCCUGGAUCAGCCCAGUGACGUGAGCAGAGCUGCAGUGCAAAUGGAGAAACAGGGCGAUGGCAUCCGGACGCUGGCUGACCUGGCCUUUUGUGACCCUGAGAGGCAGCACAUUUGGCACAUCCCUGGCCUGUGGCAUGGAGUGCCUCCCAUGGCCGCUGUGAGCUUGGGGUACAGCGAGGCCAUUUUUGAACUAAAGAGAUGCCUGCUAGAAAACAUCAGGAAUGGCCUGUCCAACCAAAACAAAAACAUUCAGCAGCUCAUUGAGCUGGUGAGGCGGCUCUGAGUCGGGAGAACAGAGGUUCAGCUGCCGGAGGCCUGCCGUGGGCAGCCUGUUCUGAUGGGGGUGUCCGCAUGGGGCUGUACCUGGCCCCUGAGGGGGGCUGGUGCCCGACCCACAUGAGAAGGGAGAAAAGCAAAAGGCAGGGGUCUGGAGUUUCCUAAACAGUGUUAAGAAAGGAAGUCAACUCACAGACCAGCUCAGAGAUGCUCUCGGGAGUUUAAUAGCCCUGGGCUUCGGGGGUGGAGACACAGCCGUAAUUUGUUGUCUCUGAGCUCCUUUCGAGGCCCCUGGGGGUUCAGCCUCUUGUGCAGCUGCUCUCCUCCAUCUGCCCCUGGAGUGGAGAGUAGCUCCCCAUCACUGCAGCCCGGCAGACAGGUACAGGAUCGAGGUCAGAAGGUGCCCUGAGGAAGCAGAGGGAGGCCUUUCCUCCAGCGCACCCCAGCCUUGGUGACUCAAUCCUGCCUGUUUAGGGAGGGCCCUCAGUGUGCAGGGCAGCCGGGGCACUCUAUUUAUUGACUGACCUGUGAAGCUUCCCCACCCCGCCCCAGGAGAGGUCCUGCUCGCUCUGCCGCGCCCUACAGCACUCUGUUUACACCUCUGCCACAACACUCAGCGCUGUGCAUCGUGACUUACCUGUUCACCUCUGCCCCUCCCCUAGGCUGUGAGCUCCUUGAGGGCAAGGGCUGGACAUUACCCAGCUUUGUACCCCUAGGGCCUGGCACACUAUGGGCGCUUAAUAAAUGUGUGUUGAAUGAAUGAAA